AUGGAGGAGGAUAUGGAUGGACAGGGGACUAACCAGUUCUCCAGCCCAGACCUCUACAUGCAGUCUGGUUGUCCUGAAGAUGGGGACAUGGGUUGGGUGACCUGGGCUUGGUCUUUUGUUCCAGCCAUCGUAGGCACAGAGGAGGAAAUGGAGGAAGGCCUCUUCCAGCAGAGAGAGACAGAAGGCAUCUCCAACAAUCCACAACAACGCACACCCAAAGACCCCAUUGUGUCCAUAGGCUUCUACUGCACCAAAGCUUCUGUUACCUUUAAGCUGACAGAGACCCAGUCAGAGAGCAGCUACUACAGCCCUCAGAAAGUCAAGUCCAGAGAGGUCCUGUGUGUGGAACAGGAGGGGAUCACUAUUGAGGUGCUGAUGAUGGGGGAGCCCUUCUUUGAUUGUCAAAUAGGCUUUGUGGGGUGCCGGGCAUUCUGCCUGAAAGGCAUCAUGGGAAUACGAGAUUUUGAAGAAAACAUGAACCGACUUGAAGAGGAUGCAGUGUUCAUCAGCUGUGGGGACAGCCUAAGCAGUAAAGGAAUGACCUACCUCACCAAUUCCCUGUUUGACUACCGCAGUCCCGAGAACAACUCUGUCAGGGCUGAGUUCAUCCUGGAGACUGCUAAUCACAAGGAGACCUAUACGGAGAUAGCAGGCAUUCAACGCUUUGGUGCAUUCUACAUGGAUUACCUCUACACAAUGGAGAACAGCAGCAGCAAAGAGCCUCAGGACUUCUCUGUGGUGAGUUUGGAGGAGGUAGUACCUGCCGUUCAAGAGACAUCAAUCAAGAGGCUUGUGGUGGGAGCUUUGGAAGUCAGACUGCACAGCAGUGCCGUCCACCGCAUCCUCAAGAUGGUCACCUGUGCCAUGGAGCACGAGUAUGAACCCUACUGCAAACCACAGCCAGAAAUGGUUGAAGAGGGCCAUGGUGCAGCUACUCCAGAAGAGAUAUCAAGCUUAGAGGAAUUCAUCCCAACCAGACUCACAUUACUCACUCUCCUCUCAGUUUCCGUGACUGUCUCCAUGGCAGAGUUCAACCUCCUUCACACACUCAUGCCUGUGAUCAUGGGAUGCAAGGUUGCACCGGUGCUAGUUAACGUGCCAGUGUUUCAGCCGGUGCGCCCUCUACCUGCUGUACAGUUCCAGGUGGAAAGGGUGAAUGUUGAACACACAGUGCCCAUGUAUGCUCCAGAGCUGGUCAGCACAGUGAGCAGCCUCAGCCAGCAUUCUGACAACCUGCUGCAUCACUGCUAUGCACACCUCUACCUCAAGCCAGAAGUUGUCAAGUCAAACACAUGGCCACAGUCGUAA